GGAACUUGUUUUGAUCAAAUGUAUACUCAAAGUGGUCAUUCAUAUUUUGUUAGAAGUAGUAAUUAGCAAAUUACGGCAUGAAUUUCAUUCAUUCAUUUCCUUUAGUAGGCACGUCGACCUUCCCAACAUGGCCGCCACGCGUAUCUCGUCUUUGUUUUUUGGCCCCAACGUCUCGCGUGCUCGUGCAGAAAGUUUCACUUUUUGUCUUUUUUACUGUUUUGAUUGAAAAAUGGACAUUAAUGUUGAUUAUUCAUAGUAGUCUUAUUAGAUUAUUAUUUUUUUUGGAAACCGACAAAUCGUUCUGGCCGAGAUCUUUUACGUCAUCAAUCGCCGAAAAUAAAAUUAGGUCGCGUGUCCUCAAAAAAACGUGACGAUGGCACACUCAUUCUAGUCUUUAGAACCGUUUUUGGUGAAAAUGUGUCAUAAAUGGUCAGUGGUCAAAUGGUUGUUAUAGUUAGUGUAUUUUCCUUAAAUUAAACAAUUUUACUUUCGUUUUGGGUGGGACGUUACGUUCUUAUCUCAACUGUCGGCUCUUCGACCGUAGUCCGGAAGUCGUUCACAGGAGUCCAACGACGCGGACAAACUUUGGAAUUCUGACAACGCGAGUACCGGAAGGAGUCACUGACUUUGGCGCAGGCAGCGUGGGAUCGAUUCCCGCUCAGUGACGGUGUCGAUCUGUGCCCUGCAACUGACCGGCGACCAGUUCAGGGCGUAGUCCGCCUUUCGACCCGAGAGAGACUUCUGCACGACCGUGACCCUUUAUCGCGCAACCCUAACAACAGACGCGUUUCCCAAAGUCCAUUCCACGUUAGCAAGAUGGCGCCCAGGGUGGACGACAUCAUGCGUCUGUGCCGCGACAUCUCGGCCCACGAGCACAUCAGGGUGGCGGUCAAAAGCUCGGCCAAGGGCGCCAUGAUGGCGGGCGGCAGCGCCUUCGUCGGAGGCCUGUUGGGCGGCCCGGCCGGCGUCGCUGUCGGGGGCGUCAUGGGCAGCAUGCUGGCCGGUUGGCUGUCCAGCGGUCAGUUCCGUCCCCUCCCUCAGAUCCUGGCCGAGCUCCCGCCGGCGCAGCAGCGCAAACUGUACGAGGACGUGAGCGCGGUCCUGCGGGGUCUGGACUGGACGGACGCGGCCCAGCUGGUGGCCUUGGUGAUGGGCAACGCCACGUUGCAGCAGCAGGUGGUCGCCGCCCUGCUCAACUACGUCACCAAGGAGCUCCGAGCCGAGGUGCGCUACAGAGACUGACCCUUCCCGACCGCAACUCGGAGCAAAUUGCAACGAUUUUGUGGAAAGCGGCCUCGAGUUUUGAUGGAUCUUUUCACUUUUGAAUAAUCUCUGCUUGUUUAUGUGUACAGUAUGUCAAUUUAAGAAAACAUUUGGAUUACUAUAGCUAUUAUCUAUGAAUGUGUUUUAAGGUAACACGUGGGUGUCUGGGAUGGAUUCAUUGGCUUCACAUUGUUUCCGAUGGGAACUAUUGCUUUGGCUUUUUUUUUUGCGCAAUUUGGUUUUAGGAACUUUCAGGAACGGAUAAAUCACCGAAACCACAAUGUAUGCAAGGUAAUCUUGCCACACCAGGAAAAAAAACAAGAUAAAUAUCUUGUUUUAACGUAAUCAGUUUUCUUUUUAACAUGAUUAGUCAUCACAAAUAAACAAAAGUUGGACUUUGGCAUUUAGCUAAACAAAAAGCGAAUCGCUUCCAGUUCAGGUCGGGUCAUUGCCGGAGACCUUUAAACGUACAAUUUCUUCUUUUUUCAUCUUUUUUUAAAGUAUUAUACAAGAGCAGCAUUGUUACGGAGCUAGUAGCUAAUUUACAAGAUUUUGAAAAGAAAAAAAAAAAAAAAAUCUGUACCUUCAUAGUACUGCACCAAAACAAAUUCAGUUUUUGUUUUCCAAUAUGGAAGUCAUGCUCAUCACAUUGUAUCAUUCAUUAAAGUGUCAGGGUUUAAAAAAAAAAAAAUAAUCUAAUGAUGCGAAACAUUACAUAAACAUAAGAAAUGUUUCACAUUUGAACAUGAACUUUACUACAUCCACUCAUGUUAUAGCGUGAUACUGAAUUUAGCAUGUUAAAACGUGAAAUUAAUCACAUUUCAACAUGCAAUUUAU